AAUUUCAUGUUUUCGUAUCCUUUAUGUGUAUCUGUCCUGACCAGUACUAUGCAAGGCUGCGCCCGACCCCUGCCAAAGCCAUAUGGUAUAGUCCCUUUGGCAGGGUGGGGGAGCAGUGUGGGAGAAGAGCAUAGAUUCCGUCUAACGGAGAAGCACGGAAAGGGAAACGGGCGAGAAGCAAGUUGAAAUCGCAUUUGUGAAGGUUUCCACCUUGGAGGAAUACCAAGUCUCCCUCAGUUAUGAGAAGGACAAGUAAAGGAGGACAUUAAGCGGGAGAAAAAAAGAGCGGAAGCAGACGGAACAAGAGGCGCGUCAAGUAGUGAUCAAAGCUUCCGACGGCAAGCUCAUGCACUUCACUGGAUUCAGUUUCCUUCCGUCGAGACUUUGGUUCGUUGCAGUUCAGACGUUGUUUGUGAUUUUACUUGUGUGAUUACCCGAGGCUGACUUCUUCCGGCAUCGAAUUAUGCUUUGGUAAACAUUAGAAAACAUCGGAGUUUGGAAGUAUAAAAGGAGCCCUCAGCGGCUUGUUCUACGCGUUUUUCAUCACGGGGACAUUUUGAAUCUAAACUUUUGAUUUAUUCCGCAGUUUUCCCCCCAGGGAAAAAUGUGCACUUAGUGUACAGUGUCCCUGCUUGUUCCUGCUAACAGUCCUGCUGCCCGUGAGUGUGGAUAACCAUUUAUAGGAACUUUCUCUGGGACUAGACGUCUCUGCUCUGUGAAAGCAACACGUUGAGGUGGACUGGUUUGUUUACAUGUGUUUGUGCAACAGCCUGUCACGGAAGCGUCCUGUAUAGUGUAUGGGGAUUACAUUAUUGUCUGGCUUUUAAUAGGGGCUCCUUUUCACCCUCUGCUGUAGGCGGGUGGAGGGGAGCUGAGUGCCUGCUGGCUGUACAGGCUCUGUGAAUGUGACACUGGAUUCAUCUGAGUGAUAACAUCCUUCUGCACUGCCCCGCUCUGUCCAGUGACGAGUCCCCCCAGAAAGCGCCAGUAAUUGGAGCUAUUUUUAGCGUAAGGGAUGGGGUAAAAGCAGGCAGCUGGAAACCCAACUCCCCUCCACGUCCUUCUCUUCCACCCCUUCUACCAAACAACCUCGCUCAGUCCAUCUGGCAGUAUGCUGAGCGAGCCUGGGUAGCACAGACUUGACUUACAGCUAGUUAAUGUGUUUUCCAAGUAGUCACAAAGAAUAAUAAACAUUGGAUUAACUUAUUUUGCUGAGUAAUAAGAGAUCACUUGGAACCAUAUGGACCGUGGCAUCUAAGUAAUCUGGGAAUACUAGCUGCACUGUAUCGUACUGGUUAAGGCUGCACUGGACACACAAACCCUUUACUGGAUUAUUUCUAAGAUGUCUGAAGAAUUACUGGCUGUGUACUUUUGGUUAAACCUGCCCUGGACUAAGUGAACAAAACACAAGGAAGUAGAGUCUAUGCCUUUUACCUUUUGGACCUUUAGCUCAAACUCUUAAACCGAGUAGCCACUUGUUGACAUACUGUAAUAGAAGAAAGGCCUACUUUGACUACUUAAUAUCGAUCAUCAGCGAUCUGGAGCGGUACAAACCUCCAGCACACAGAAAGAAUGCAUGAAACUGCCGAAACUAACGGAACAAAAAGCUAACUUGACUAACCAAAUAUUCUAUUUCCCCCAUUUCCCAGACCCACAGACAAACAGAGUAUAUGUUGAAUGAGAAAUCUAUAUCUAUAGUGUAUCUCCACAGAGAUUACAUCCUUUAUAUAUUUUUACUUCAGAGAGACAAGUUGCCUGUACACCAGUUGGUUGCCUUAGAAACCACAGUCACAAACACUUUUAAAAAGAAAGAAGCCAGAGAAGAAGGUGCCUUUUGAUUGGUUGGUUGGUUUCCCAACAUUUUUCAAGACUCAUUGAUUUAGUUGGAUGUAGACAGUUGAAGCAAACUCUGGGAUUUAAAAACACGUCUGAUGACAGAUACCUAACCCCCACAAGCUCCUUGCACCUGUCAAAGCAUUGUGAUUGACAGUAUUUCCCUGCUGGAUUGAACAAUUGCCAAGCAUUUCCAUGGUGAUCACGUCAUCAUCCGUGGAGGACAAGACUGUGCCCUCUUGCAGGAUGGUCCAAUCAGAACCCUGGAUCACCUCUGCCCUGCUGCGUAAGAACAAGAGUGUAAGCAGCUCAGGAUGUCCGCCCACCUCCUCCUCCUCCUCCUCCUCCUCCUCCUCCUCCUCCACUGCCCAGGGCUUCUCCCUCGCUGAGCCAGCCAUGACCAGCCAGCACACACAUACACACCCCUCCUUCAGCUCCAUCCACUCCAUGGCCGAGCAGCAGCAGGUGCUGUCUGAUAUGACCAUACUCCAGCGGAGGAUCCCCCCUAGUUUCAGAGACCCUGCCAGCGCCCCACUGAGGAAACUCUCUGUUGACCUCAUCAAAACUUACAAGCACAUCAAUGAGGUGUACUAUACUAAGAAGAAGCGGCGGGCCCAACAGGUCCCUCCAGAGGACAGCAGCACCAAGAAGGAGAGAAAAGUAUACAAUGAUGGCUAUGACGACGACAACUACGACUACAUUGUCAAAAAUGGAGAAAAGUGGCUGGACCGCUAUGAGAUAGACUCGCUGAUCGGGAAGGGCUCCUUUGGACAGGUGGUGAAGGCAUACGACCACCAUGAGCAGGAAUGGGUUGCCAUUAAGAUCAUUAAGAACAAAAAGGCAUUUCUAAACCAGGCACAGAUUGAACUACGACUGCUGGAACUCAUGAACAAGCAUGACACUGAGAUGAAAUAUUACAUAGUCCACCUGAAGCGUCACUUUAUGUUUAGGAACCAUCUCUGUUUGGUGUUUGAGUUGUUGAGCUACAACCUGUACGAUUUGCUGAGGAACACCAACUUCAGAGGAGUCUCCCUCAACCUCACCAGGAAAUUUGCACAGCAGCUCUGUACAGCGUUAUUAUUCCUGGCCACCCCAGAGCUGUCAAUCAUCCACUGCGACCUGAAACCAGAGAACAUCCUGCUGUGUAACCCCAAGAGGUCUGCCAUCAAGAUAGUCGACUUUGGGUCCUCCUGCCAGCUCGGACAAAGGAUCUAUCAGUACAUCCAGAGCAGGUUUUACCGGUCUCCUGAGGUUCUGUUGGGAAUGCCGUAUGACCUGGCCAUCGACAUGUGGUCUCUGGGAUGCAUCCUGGUGGAGAUGCACACAGGAGAGCCUCUCUUCAGUGGCUCCAAUGAGGUUGACCAGAUGAAUAAGAUUGUGGAGGUUCUGGGGGUUCCACCCAGCCACAUGUUGGAUGCAGCUCCUAAAGCCAGGAAGUAUUUUGACAAGCUCUCAGAUGGUCUGUGGACAGUGAAGAAGAACAAGGACAUCAAGAAGGAGUAUAAGCCCCCAGCCACACGGCGUCUUCAUGAGAUUUUGGGUGUAGAGACUGGGGGCCCAGGGGGACGGAGGGCAGGGGAGCCAGGACACGCCCCCUGUGACUACCUGAAGUUUAAAGACUUGAUCCUGCGCAUGCUGGACUACGACCCUAAAAGCCGUAUCACGCCAUUCUACGCCUUGCAGCACAAUUUCUUCAAGAAGACGACCGAUGAAGGAACCAACACCAGUUCAUCUACAUCCACCUCUCCUGCCAUGGACCACUCCCAUUCAACCUCUACUACUAGCUCUGUUUCUAGCUCUGGUGGCUCCAGUGGUUCUUCCAAUGACAACCGCAACUACCGCUACAGUAACCGCUACUACAACUCUGCUGUUACACAUUCAGACUAUGAGAUGACCAGCCCUCAGGCUCCCUCCCAGCAGCAGAUGAGGAUGUGGCCAGGCAGUGAUGGUGGAGGUGGGGGUCAGGACCCAGCAUACACCCAGUUGCUGCUUCACAAGCCGGCUGCCUCCCAACAGCACCAGCGCCACUUCCUGGACCCACCCCACCACCCCCACCCAACUUACUCCCACCACGGGAACGGCGGACGUGGUCUGCGGCAGGGGGGACAGACAGGCAUCGGUGGAGGGGGGGGGCAGCAGGGAUCCUCGCCCCAGAUGAGUGACAGCAUGGAUGUGGGCGUGUCCCUAGGGCUGCACCACCUGGGGGCGGUGUCUUCCAUGGAGGCCUCUCAAUUUGGCUCUGCCUCCCUGCCCCUCGCUCUGCCAAUCGGACUGUCUGCCUUCCGGACUCGGACGGCCCCCACCGCCCCAGGGCCACAAGCCCCGCCCCCUGAGGACUACUACCCUGCCUCCAACAACAAUAACCCCGCUGCAGGGGGCAGAGGGAGGCCGGACUCAGACGAGGGGCCGGCCAACUCUUGAUAAAACCUGAACCAUGCCCUAAAGCCAUACAAUUUUAACUACAACUACUACAACUACACACAUACAGCCAGAGUUCAGAGACAAAGAGGUGAACUUUGUGCUGAAGGAGACAGUUUGUACUGCAUGAGAGGAGGAGGAAGGAGGAGGAUGCUGGGAAAACUCUCCUUUUAUCCUGUUUUAGUUCGUUGUCUUUUGUUGCGACUGUAAUUGGAAAGGAAUGAUUGUGACGAGUUUGUUUUUAUUAAUAUUAUUAUUGUUGUUUAAAAUUAUUUGAUUUUUCUCCAGUUUGAGGAGUUGUGUGUUCUACUUGGUUGUUGUUUAAGCCUGGAGAGGAGGAGGAGGAUGAAGAGGAAAGAGAGAGGGGCUAUGCUUUCCCAUCUUACUCCACGUGGUAGCUGUAAGGAGAGCACAUAUUCAUGUUCACACUGGUUAGUUAUGUUAUUAGUGUAUUAAUAGUUACAGCUCAGAGACGGGCAGUCUUCACACACACAUGCAUAUAUGUGUGUGUAUAUAUAUGUGUGUGUGUGUGUGUGUGUGUGUGUGUAUGUGUCUGCAACAAGAAGACAGACGGUUUCAAAGCGAGAAAACAUCAAAAUGUGUGUGUUCAGGACUCGUGGAUGCUCUCCUGUCUGUAUUAAAACUAUUUUUCUUAGA